AGGCCUCGCCUCCGUUGUCUUCAACAAGGCUCUGAGGAUGCCCGCCUCCACCGCACGCAGCGAGCAGCAGGCGGAGGCCAAUGGUGAUGAAGCGCCAGAUCCCCUGGGACAGCACAAGCCGAACCUGGUGCAGCUUCUCAAUGUCGACAUCGUGGAUCUUUGGGGAGGUCUCCUGCACGAUAUUCUUGCAGUGAUUGCCGCACCGGUCUCCAUCGCCUGCCUGCUGACGCUGAUGAUCCACCAGAUCGACUACAGCGCGACCGUCGGCGCCACAUACACCCUCCCGGUGAUGCUGCUCCUGGUGUGCUCUACGGCUGGGGGCAUGUACUUCUACAGGAAGUAUCAGGCAUGCCUCGACACGCGAAUGAAGUGGCUGACUGAGACGAUGAUCUCCAUCCGGACCAUCAAGGCUUUGGCAUGGGAGCGCCUCUCCCUGGAGAAGCUGGUCCAGGCCCGCGAGGGCGAGAUCGCCAACCAGCGCGCGAUGGCAAUGAUGGCCGGCAUGGUGACGGCCAUUGCGCAUACAAUGCCCUGGGGCGUCCUGCUCAUUACCAUGUGGUUCGUGCGGAAGCAGAAAGGAUCCAUACCGGCGUAUCAAGUCAUGAUCGUACAGCGUAUCAUUGGCUCCUUGCUCAGCAACAUCUCGCAGCUGGUCACGGGGAUCAAUCGAUCCAUGACGGUGCCAAACAGCUUCAACCGAAUCAAGCGCUUUUUGGCUCAGCCAGACAGGCCACAAGGCGUGGUCCGGCAACCGGCCUUGCAGAGCGUCAACGCCCCCGCGCUGCGGGUGAUGGGCAGCUUCACCUUCGGUGGGCUGAAGCCUGCCUUGAAAGACCUGGACGUUGCCAUUCCCAAAGGCGAGCUGGUCGGGGUCAUCGGCAAAGUGGGCUCUGGAAAGAGCUCGUUUUUGCAGGCCAUCAUUGGAGACCUGUACCCCUUGGAGAAUGCCUUCGUCGAGGCUCCGGAAGCAUCAGCGGGGCAUGUCGCAUAUUGCGCGCAAGUCCCCUGGAUUUUCGAGGGCACCUUGCGGGAGAAUGUCAUCAUGACCUCACCCUUGCAGCAGGACCGCUACUAUCGUUGCGUCUAUGCAGCUGGCCUGGCCUCUGACUUGCAGAUCCUGCCGGGCGGGGACCAGGUGACCAUCGGCUCCUUUGGCAUCCGCCUCUCCGGCGGCCAGCGUGCUCGUGUUGCGCUGGCGCGUGCAGCGUAUAUGGAGGCGGCGUCCCUGGUGCUGAUUGAUGAUCCCUUCGCCUCCGUAGAUGGCCCCACAGGCGAGCAUAUUUUCACCCAGCUGGUGACGGGCCCCGUGCUGCGGGAUCGGACACGAAUUGUGGUGACGCAGCCAGAGAAGCAGCGACUGCAGCACUUCGACCGCCUGCUGCUUUUUGAGGAUGGCUGCAUCGUUGAGACGGGUCCACCCGCUGAGGUGAUGGAAACGGACGCCUUCAAGCGCAUCGCCGCAGAUGCGGAGUUGCUGCAGCAGGAGCACUCACCAAGGAUAGAGGUUCGGGACGUGCCCAGCAGCGCGCGCGAGAGGGAUGCCAUGGCCUUGGUGAAGAAGGCAAAUGAAGAGGGCAGUCUUCUCCGGGAAGAGGAGGUCAGGGAGGAUAUCACGUGGUCCACCUUCUGGUGGUGGGUGAAAAACGCAGGGAUGCUGAACCUCUUCAUGGUCUUGUGCUCCAUCCUUCUCCAGGUGGUGACAGAAACGCGAGAGUCUUUGACGGUGGCCGUUUGGGUGGACGUCAAGGUGAUUGCGCCCGAGGUGGACGAUACAAUUUUCAUGUCUCGACUGGCUGUGGUGGUGGUCUGCUGCUGCGUUUGCAUUAUUAUCGCCUUCUGGCUCACUGCCUACACAGCAUUGACAGCUGCCAGGACGCUGCACAACACAGUGAUGACCAGUUUGCUGAAAGCACCAGUGGACAGGUUCUUCGACAAGCAGCCAGUGGGUCGACUGAUCAAUCGGCUGUCGUAUGAUAUGAAGCAGGUGGAUGAGACCUUCGUGAUGGCUCUCUUCGCUAUGUCAUCCAUGGUUACAUCGCUGCUCGUGACGCAGGGCUUCGUGUUGUCCGUCAUGCCACGUUCAGUUGCUUUGCUGUCCACCCCCGUCUAUGCAGUGGCGCUGUACUUUGUGUACUUGUACCGGGGCACCGCCGUGCCGCUGGUGUUUCAUUCUAAGCACUCCUUGUCCUCACUGCAGGACUUGCAGGCAGUCGUGGUUUCCCAGUGUGUGGCCAUCCGGGCGAACGGCAUGCUGGACAGCUUCAUGGUGCGAUACAACCACUACUCCCAGAGCGUGAUCCGAAGCCAGUAUUUGAUCUACUACGUUUGCCGAGCAUGGGCUCAGUCCCGAGUGUUUCUUUGCUUCGGCAUUCUUUGCGGUCUCUUCGGCAUUGGCGGCUUAUGGGGGGGCGUGCCCAUGGGCAUGCUGGCCACCUGCAUCACCUUCGCCUACUUCCAGAUGGGCCAGUUCGAGAGCCUUUGUAUGACCUUCACGGUUCUCUUGAACGUCCUGAAUGCGCUCCAGAGAUUGGUGCGCUAUGUGGACCUGCCAGCGGAGGCGGCCUGCGAUCUGCCGGGGGACUUCGCGGUGCUGCGGCGUCUGAAGCUGCGCCGCGAGGAGCUGGUGCCACUGCAGCUGCGCCAGGGCCAAGCUGAUGGAGAGAGCCAUGCCAUGCUGCUCUGCAUCAGAGGUGGCAAACCAUUGAUGCGCCUCAGCAGCGAUGGGCGCAGCCUUGAUUUCCUUGCCGGCUGCGGUCCCCAGGACUUGGCGCCCGCAUCCGAGGCGCUGGCGGGUGCAAAGGAAUCAUUCAUGAUCGUGUCAGUGAACAGCAUAUCACGCUCUGCUGAGCAGAUGGCACGUGAACUGUGCACCCCACCUGCGGUGCUUUGGGUUGAUCUCUGGAACAAGGACUACGAGAAGGGCAUGAGCGUCCAUCUGGAGGACAUCUCAGCAGGAUACGGCAACGCGAAGAGCGUGCUGCAUGGGGUCAGCUUGGAGAUUGCGCCUCGCACCAAGUGCGCCUUUGUGGGCAAGACCGGCUGCGGCAAGUCCACCACACUGCUGUGCAUCCUCCGGUUCUUAGAGCCCCGGUGUGGCCGCAUCCGCCUGGGAGGCAACGACACGUCCAAGCUGGGUCUGAGGGCCCUGCGAAGCAUAGUGGGCCUAGUGCCGCAGGACCCCACGGUGUUCGAGGGGACCAUCCGCUUCAACAUUGACCCCUUCGGUGAAAUCCCAGAUGCGCGGAUCUGGGAAGCAGUGCAAAGCGUGCAACUGAUGCCAUACAUCCGGACCCUUCCGGAUGGCAUUGAUAGCGCGAUCGACCGUGAUGGCUCCAACAUCAGCUUUGGCCAGAAGCAGCUUCUGAGCUUGGCGCGCAUGGUCGUUCGCCAGCCUCCCAUUCUGCUGCUGGAUGAGUGCACGUCUGCACUAGACCCCGUCACACAAGAAGCCGCGCAGAAGACUAUCCUCAAAGAUUUUCCCAGGACCACCACUAUUGCUGUGGCUCACCGAUUGGAGACCAUUUUGGACUUUGAUCAGAUCGUUGUCUUUGAACAAGGCAAAAAGAUCGAAGAGGGCACAGUGGCUGAGCUACGGAAACUCGACGGGCACUUCGCGCACAUGCUGAAAGUGAAGCAGGGCACCAUUCGCUCUUGAGCCAUGGGAAUUCGAUCGCGGCUUUGCGGAUGCCGAAGUCUUAACUCGCCAAGCGAGCGCCAUGCCGGGAAACGGCACAGGAUAUUAGGAUUUCCCAAUGCCGGCAGAAGCUUGGGAAUCGACCAAAGACAAUCCGACACAAGCUUGAGAAAAGAAGCGCAUGGGCAUCGAUUUCGGCGGUGUUCCCAUGCACCAUGUGCAAGCGUACAACUGGC